AACUCCAUGGUUUGUCCUUUGAGCGAGUAGAAGGAUUUGGAUCUCAUUUCGCGACAUUUUGUUGUUGCAGCAUAGGAGCACGGGCGCGCUGGGUAGGUAACGGAGUGAAAUCCUGGGAGCCUGAACGCAAAUCGGAGUAGAAACGCUUUCUCAUCGUAAUUUAAAUAAUUUUGCACCUUGCUACGAACGAACAUUGCAUCCAGCAUCUACUGAAGUUGAUAGAGUUUCCGGGCAUUUUCUUAAACAAGCUAGUACAGUAGUUAGCGAACUUACGUUAGUUGCACGAGUCUAGUUGACACCUUUGACCAACAAAAAGCAGAAGUCACAACUUGCAGUUUGAGGGUUGUUCUGCAGGAAUGUCGCUGAAAGAAAGACCCACGUUUUAUCGGCAGGAGGUGAACAAGACGAUUUGGGAGGUACCAGAACGCUACCAGAUGUUGUCUCCAGUCGGGUCCGGGGCCUACGGAUCGGUUUGCUCGUCGUAUGAUGAGAAGUCUAGUCUGAAGAUCGCAGUGAAGAAGCUCUCCCGGCCAUUCCAGUCCAUUAUCCACGCCAAGAGGACCUACAGAGAGCUACGUCUGCUCAAGCACAUGAAACAUGAGAACGUGAUCGGCCUUCUAGAUGUCUUCACACCUGCUACUAGUCUGGAGGAGUUCAAUGACGUGUACCUGGUGACCCACCUGAUGGGGGCAGACCUCAACAACAUAGUCAAGUGUCAGAAACUCACAGACGAUCAUGUGCAGUUCCUCAUAUACCAGAUCCUCCGGGGAUUAAAGUAUAUCCACUCAGCAGAUAUCAUUCACAGAGACCUGAAACCCAGCAACCUGGCUGUGAAUGAGGACUGUGAGCUGAAGAUCCUGGACUUUGGGCUUGCGCGGCACACUGACGACGAGAUGACGGGUUACGUUGCCACACGCUGGUACCGGGCACCAGAGAUCAUGCUGAACUGGAUGCACUACAACAUGACAGUGGACAUUUGGUCUGUGGGAUGCAUCAUGGCUGAACUCCUCACUGGCAGAACGCUGUUUCCCGGUACUGACCACAUUGAUCAGUUGAAGCUAAUAAUGCUGCUCGUCGGGAUGCCAGAGCCUGAGCUCUUGAUGAAAAUCUCUUCAGAGUCUGCCAGGAACUACAUCAACUCCUUGCCACAGAUGCCCAAGAGGAAUUUCUCUGACGUGUUCAUCGGUGCCAACCCACAAGCUGUGGACCUGCUGGAGAAGAUGUUGGUUCUGGACACAGAUGAGAGGAUAACGGCUGCCGAGGCUCUGGCCCACCCCUACUUCUCCCAGUACCACGACCCUGAUGACGAGCCUGAGGCUGACCCCUACGACCAGAGCUUUGAGAGCCGUGAGCUGGAAAUCGAGGAAUGGAAACGGUUGACCUAUGAGGCGGUGUGCGAUUUUGAGCCACCUAUCUUUGAUGGAGACGACAUGGAAUCGUGAUUGGAUGAUGUGAUUUCUACAAGCCCCUCCCCCUCAGCCCCUACAACUUUAUAUCACUGAGGUUCCCGCUUAUCAUACGACCUUUUGGGAAAACAAUAUCAUCCGAGUGCCUACAAACGUUUGUCUUUUGUUAUAUUUCUUAAGCUGGCGCUCUCUCUCCCCCCCCAUUCUGACUUGUAAAUGUGUUGCAAGGGAAACGUAACUAACAUGGCCUGGUCCCAGAUCUGUGUUGUGGCAUGACAACGGCCAUGGGAGUUGGCUAUUCAGCACAAACAGAUCUUGGAACAUCAAAAUGAAAAUGUAGGAAAGGAGAUUUUCAAGGACUGAAUAUCUGUAUUUACUACAAUGUAUUUUCAAGGCAGGAACAGAGGCAAGCAACAACCAACCACUAAUACCAUUAUUUGUCCAUUGCUGGAAAAUGCCAUGCUUCUGUUAUUAUUCUGUCUAUAUGUAUGUUUUAAAUGGCACCCUAUUUACUAUAUAGGAAAUAAGGUGCCAUUUGGGAUGAAACCUAUAUUUCAACUACACUGAUC